CACCUGGGCACCGGCAUGGAAGAAGAGGAGGGCGGAGUGCUCAAAGAGGGCUUCCUGGUCAAGAGGGGUCACAUCGUCCACAACUGGAAGGCCCGAUGGUUCGUCCUCCGGCAGAACACGCUGCUAUACUACAAGCUUGAGGGGGGCCGGAGAGCAACCCCCCCAAAGGGCCACAUCCUCCUGGAUGGCUGUACCAUCACCUGCCCCUGCCUGGAGUAUGAAAAUCGGCCUCUGCUCAUUAAGCUGAAGACACGAACAUCCACCGAGUACUUCCUGGAGGCCUGUUCUCGAGAGGAAAGGGAUGCGUGGGCCUUCGAGAUCACGGGGGCCAUUCACGCCGGGCAGCCAGGGAAGGUCCAGCAACUCCACAUACUGAAAAACUCCUUCAAGCUGCCCCCUCACAUCAGCCUGCACCGCAUCGUGGACAAGAUGCACGACAGCAGCUGUGGGAUCAGGCCGAGCCCCAACAUGGAGCAGGGGAGCACGUACAAAAAGACCUUCCUCGGCUCCUCCCUGGUGGACUGGCUCAUCUCCAACAGCUUCGCGGCCAGCCGCCUGGAGGCGGUGACCCUGGCGUCCAUGCUCAUGGAGGAGAACUUCCUCAGGCCGGUCGGCGCCCGUAGCAUGGGAGCCAUCCGCUCGGGGGACCUGGUGGAGCAGUUCCUGGAUGACUCCACGGCCCUGUACACUUUUGCUGAGAGCUACAAGAAGAAGAUAAGCCCCAAGGAAGAAAUCAGCCUGAGCACCGUGGAGCUGAGUGGCAUGGUGGUCAAACAAGGCUAUCUGGCCAAGCAGGGACACAAGAGGAAAAACUGGAAGGUGCGGCGCUUUGUCCUGAGGAAGGACCCGGCUUUCCUGCAUUACUACGACCCCUCCAAGGAAGACAACCGGCCGGUUGGUGGGUUAUCUCUUCGUGGCUCCCUUGUGUCUGCUCUGGAGGACAAUGGCGUCCCCACUGGCGUUAAAGGGAACGUCCAGGGAAAUCUCUUCAAAGUGAUUACCAAGGAUGACACUCACUACUACAUUCAGGCCAGCAGCAAGGCUGAGCGCUCAGAGUGGAUCGAAGCCAUCAAGCAUCUCACGUGAACUUGGCAAGGGACUGGGGGUGGGGGACAGGAGUCCUUGCUGCUUCCAGAGGCCCCCUGCAGGGUUUUCCUGGAGGAUGGGAGUGCUGACUUCCUACAAGGAGCUAGCUUACCGCUGGGUUCAUGUGUCAGGCCUUUGGAGGGAGACUGGUGCUUCCCUCCUUUUCAGGCAGCAGGGGCCCCGCUUUCUUGCGCAGCUUCCCGUUGUCAGGCUGGACCCGCCACUGGGCAUCGACAUCUUGACUGCUGCCAGCCAGCACGGACAGCCCUGUCCUCCAGCACCGAAGCAGGCUCCCCUUGUGACGCCACCCCCGGACACUGAGUGGAGUGCUAGUCUCACGGCAGCUCUCUGGAGUGACACCGAACACGCCUCCAUCUUGCUUUGGAAUGAAUAAAAGUAGCGACAAGAGGCAUGUAUUUGA